AUGGAAGCCCUUUUCAAGGCGCCCGAUGUGGGCGAGGCACUCUCGGGGGUGUUUGGAAGUGUCAGCUUGACGGCCUGGAUAUGUCUUUUGCUGCCGCAACUGAUUACAAACUACAAAGCCAAGAGCGCUGAUGGCUUGUCCAUGAACUUCCUCAUCAUAUGGCUGCUGGGCGAUAUAGCGAAUCUGUCUGGCGCACUCUGGACAAGUUUGGCACCAAGCACCAUAGCACUCGCCGUUUAUUUCUGCUUCGCCGAUCUGGUUUUGAUCAGUCAAUGUAGUUAUUAUAACGCUGUCAACGCACGCCACCGAACUGCACGACAUCCCUCUACCGAGACACACGAGACCGAUACAACGGCUGUAGAGGAACACGACCCAUUGCUCGACCAUGACCAUCACCAUCAACACCGACGUCGGUCGCGUAGUGAUUCCGCUGGCUUGCCGGGCUCUCACCGUCGACACUCGGCGCGGCGCAGGGAAAGCACUCUCGACCCAUUGACUAGGAUCGUUACAGGCGAAGACGAGACUCCUGACAGCAAUCCAUGGCUGCACAAUACCCUAACCCUAACCCUAAUCUGGGUUGUUGGUGCUGCAGGCUGGUUCAUCAGCUAUAAGAUGGGUGCGUGGGACGUUGAGGAUGGGUUACCCGAUAGCGGAGACAAUACGGUUUCGAGGGAGCCACAGGCCGUUAUUGGUAUGAUUUUCGGCUAUUUCAGCGCCGCUUGUUACUUGUGCGCUCGAAUCCCUCAGAUCAUCAAGAAUUACCGUGAGAAGUCUUGCGAAGGCCUUGCCCUGUUGUUCUUCCUGCUCUCACUGACGGGCAACUUCACCUAUGGAGCAAGCGUGAUCGCCUACUCUCAACAGAGAGACUAUGUUGUCAGAGCACUCCCUUGGCUUCUGGGCUCGCUCGGUACGAUGCUGGAAGAUUUCGUUAUCUUCGUCCAGUUCCGACUUUACUCGCCGCGGCGCGAAGCAAAGACGCACGGUACCGCUUGA